GUGUUUUUGUUGAUGCUGUCAAUUCCAUGGGCCAGACUUCUCUCUUCACUGCCGCGUUGCUGGGCUUUGGUAAAAUAGUGGAUGUUCUGUUGGAUUAUGGCUCCCCCCAAUCAGUUAAUCGCUGUUACGAUGGAAGCACCCCAGUCCACGCAGCCGUGUUCUCGGGAAGUCAGUGGAUCCUCAGCAAGUUACUGGACGAAGGAGGCGAUCUGAGAGUUCAUGAUGAAGAUGGAAAAACUCCUCAGUGCUGGGCUAUGUCAGCGGAGAAAGAAAGCAGUGCUCAGAUGCUGGAGUUUAUUCAGCGCUGCACGUUCCACAUGCAGGCUGCCAUUCAGAAUUUUCCCUCUGAUCUGCUCAGGAAGGUUGACUCAUCACAAGCGCUGGUCUGCAGCCCGUCUAAGUUUGGUGGCCUUGUUCAGGGAAAUGUUGACAGUCCUCUGGGUAAACUUCUAAAAGGCGGAACUAAGGCAGCCAAGAAUAUUUACAGCUUUGGUUUUGGGAAGUUUUGUCUUGCAGGCAGCGGGCACCUGGGGUACUUGGCAUCUCUCCCUAUUAUUGGGGAAAAAGAUGUGGUUCAGGCAGAUGAUGAACCAGCAUUUUCUUACCAUGUUGGACCGUACAUGAUCAUGACAAACUUAAUGUGGGAAGGCAGCAGAGUCACAGUGAAGGAACUCAGCUUUGAGCCCCGUCAGAACUGUAGUAAACUCCGCUUGGCCGAUCUCCUCAUUGCGGAGCAGGAACACAGUAGUAAACUCCAUCAUCCCCAUCUGCUCCAGCUGAUGUCUGUUUGUCUGUCUGGUGACUUGGAGAAAACCCGCUUAGUGUAUGAGAGGGUUAACUUUGGUUCUCUGUACAGCAUCCUUCAUGAGAGGCGUGCAGAAUUCCCAGUACUGCACAUGGAGACGAUUUUGCACGUGCUGCUUCAAAUUAACGACGCGUUGCGUUUUCUACACUGCCGUGGGUUCGUCCACCGUUCUGUUACCUCCUAUGCUAUUCAGAUUGUUUCUUCUGGUGAGGCGAAGCUGUGCAACUUGGAAUACAUGAUAGAGAGCAAAGACGGCGGAGAACACAGCGAUCUGACGCGUAUUCCUGUCCCAGUCCAGCUGUAUAAGUGGUGCUCUCCUGAAGUAAUCCUUGAAAAAGCUGUCACGGUCAAAUCGGACGUUUAUAGCUUCUGCACAGUAAUGCAGGAGGCCUUGACAGAGACCCCUCCCUGGAAAGGUUUUGAAGACUCAGUUAUUAAACAGCUCAUAACAUCAGGACAAAGGUUAGAAGCAGAUGUCAGACUUCCAAUGCCCUAUUACGAUAUUGUAAAGUCAGGGCUAGAACCAAAACAGAAGAACCGCUCCCUGAACCUUCAGGAUAUUCAGUAUAUACUGAAAAAUGACUUAAAGGACUUAACUAAGUCUCAAACUGGUCAUGUUGAUGAAAUGUCAAAAGCACAGAGACGCGCUGUUUUUCCAGAUGUGAACAUCUGUUUGGCAUCAGCUUUUAGCUACCAGAAGAGAGUGCAGGAACUGCAGGGAAACGAGCUAAGGGAGGCUGGUGAUGCUACUGCCCCAAGAUCCUGUUUUUUUCCUGAGGAGAAUAGUGCUGUAGUGGACCAAGACACAUCACGCAGUCUGCAGCCAGCUGCACAGGAUGAAAAUUGUGAUGUAGCUGCUGACCCCCAGACGACCCUCGGUGUCAAUGAUGCGGAUGACAGCCUCUGUAGCUUUGAAAUCAAUGAAAUCUUUGCCAGUUUUCCAGAACUUCAUGAAGACUUCCCGGAAGGAGGAGCUGGAUUAGGGCAAACUCUAAAGGAUGAAGUAAGGCAACAAAAUGAAGGAGUUCAGGCUGCCCUCAGAGACCCGUGUGCAUCCCCUGGAGCACACCGUGAGGAAAAGCUGGUUUAUGAGGCAGGUGGCUUUUCAGAAUUGAAUACGAAGUAUGCUGCAGAAGAGGAGAGGGUACGUGAGGCCUCUGACCUAAGCAUGCUGACACAGGUGAGAGGAGAUGCUGGGAGAAGGAUGAGUAGUCUGUCCCAAAACGAGCAGCACAUUAUUAGCCAAUGUGUCCUUAAUGUAAAGAUUGUUCAAAGUAUGUUGCAGCAGACAGUGGAUUCUCUGUGCAGAACAGGGGAGAAACUGGGCAGAUUAGAGGCCACUGAAAAGCGAAAGAAGCUGCUCCAGGAAGUCGGAACGAAUCAGCUUUCUAAACAAAUGGAAGAAAGGCACUGGAAGAGAUCUGAUGAUACUUCCCAAAAUACCAAUAACCCUUUUUGUGGUGUUAAUACUUUAUGGAAGGCUAGAGGUCCACCAUCGAGUGACUAUAUCCCACCACCAGUAACGUGUAUGGCACAGCGAGCGUUGAGUGAAGACGGUUUCCAGGCUGUUUCAAAGACAGCAAAGAAACUGGAGGCAGUUCCAAAUGCAAAGUGGAAGGGCUUUCAUGAGAUGACUAAGAGUAAAAAUGAAAACAACCACCGUGAUCUCAGCUUCAGUGUGGUGAAAAGCCUGGAUGAUGACAAGAGCCUAGACCAUGAGGUAAAUCAGCAUUUACUCCCACGUGUGUCUGUAAGAUGCAAAAAAGAGUUGAACUUGCAGUGUCAGGGACGAGAUGAUUCACAUUCUGCAGCAAGUGGAAGUGAAGAAGAAAGGUGGUGCUAUCCAAAACCAAGAUCUGAAGUUUACAGUGCAAAAAUAACUGAGAAGCGAAGGAUGAUGCAGUCGGAAUGGAGGACUGAGGUAAAGCAAAUUGCCAGAAGGGUGGCCUCAGGACAACUAGAACUCGGCUGUCCGUAUCCAGCCAUUGAAUGUACAUCUGAAAGUGAAGCAGAGAGUAUAAAGGAAGCCUUUCAACAUGUCACAACUAGAGUCCAAAAAAGUCAAGAUGGACAAUAUGGAUGGUGGAGGGAUGAAAAUGGUGAACUUUGGGAUCUAGGCAGUGAGGAUAGAUCUGAAUGUGAGGAGAGCGAUCUGGAGUCAGUAUUCAGAAGUUCUGGAGGGAGAAGUUGCCCAUCACCAUCAAGAGAUGAACAAGCAGAGUCUGGAGUAGCCAUUCAUACGAAUUCAGUCCUUCCUCAACAAGCUGAGAAUGUCUCUAGAGGAUAUUCAAGGGAAUUAUGUUCCCUUAAUUCAUCUCGUGAUGUGUCUGAAGAAUUCUUCAGUCCUGAUCCUGAACAUUCCUUUCAUCCUGCUACUCAGGGAAGUUCAGAACUAGAGACCACAGAUGCUGAAGGCAAAUUAGAAGAUGCUUGUGGAGGAUCUUUACAGAAACAGUUACCUGAAGAUGCAGGAUCAGGUACCCAGGUUUCAGGAGGAAAAAUACUAUCCUGCAGCACAGCGGUGCAGAACUCUGGCAGUAACGCACCAGGAGUGAAUCAGCUUAGCCAUAUGCCUGUAGCCAGUGUUGAAGUGGCCCAAGAAGUGAUACUGUGGGAGCUACAGGAAGAAUGCAAAGAAAAAGAUGUAUCAGUGACAGAUAUUCAAGAUUUGUCGAGUAUCCCCUGCGAGCAAGAGAACUUCUACAGGGGAAUGGAUUGUAAAACACCCGGAGCGGGUCACGCCCCAACGCGUGUCAGCACUCCGCGCAGCCCAGAAGAAAAAAAUCCCAUAGCCUUUGAGAAAUACAAACGCUGCCCUGAAGUAGCUUCCGAUUCUUCGUUUUGCGGUUCUCAAGAGCUCUCCUCUGCAGUGUCCAGGACAUUCACCACAGCCUGUGAAGAGGAAAGGAGCACUGAAAUUCCCUUGGCUGCUCCAGGAGUUUGCUCAUCUGAGUGGAAUGAGCCUGCUAGGUUGCCAGUAGUUGCUUCAUCUUUGAGAAGCGCCGAGAACGCAUUGGCACUCUCACAGGCGUCUAACCACUUCAUUGACGAGCUGCCUCCACCAGCCCAAGAGCUGCUGGAUGAAAUUGAAUAUUUAAAGCGGCAAGAUCCCAUUACUCAAGACUUUAAGGAGAAGGGUUUGCCUGACUGCAGAGUGCAAAUAAAUGUUCCUGAUCAAAUUAUAAUGGAAGACAGAGAAUCAACAGAAGAAUCUGAGAGAAAUGAGAAGAGCAAUCGUAGUUCAUGGACAAAGGAGUCGUUUAAUCUAGCAGAGGAAACAGAAAGGGCUCACUCCACUCUUGAUGAUGUUUUAGAGAGAAUGCUCCCUGCAAUUCCUGGAGAAGAGGAGAUUGGAGAACAACCUCAGGGACACACUCUCGGGGCUGCGAGCCUGCAAGAUCCAGAAGAUGUUGGAAGGAAGAAGAGAGUAGAGGAAGGCGGAGCCGAGGCCUGA